AUGCAACCUUGCCGCCCGAUCCAACGGAGCUUCCCAACCCGCGCCCACCGCCUUGUCUUUAGAAACACCUUGUACACUCAAAGUGCUGAGAAGAAUGAACCUGCCUAUGAUCGCUCCAAAGUGAACCCCACCUCCGCCGAAAACACAAAGAGUGGUACAUACGACGACAUCGCUGGUCAUACCUCGCCCGAAUCCGAACUGGAAGAGGUCCGGCAGAAUGCCCCCGAGAACAAGGAUGAUGUUGACGGCAAGGUGAAAAGUGGUCGGAACCCGUUGGAGGUAAGCCCGCAAAGCAAGAUUCUCAUGUGGGAAGGUUGGGGGAAAUUCGAAGGGCCAGGGCAAGGAGUCUAG